AUUGUUUGUCUUCUAGACUAUUGAAUUGUUGCUUAAUUUUCAAUUGAGUAUGCGUUAGGUAGUUUUUCUCUUUAUAAGAGUUGGGACUUAGCCCUGAUAAUUUUUCUUUUGAAUGAACGGAAGUCUAUGUUUAUUUCUCAAAAAGUAAUGCUAUUUUUUUGUUCCACCAUGCUAGGUUAUCUUUUUUUGGUGAGAAAGUAAGAUUUCGUGUCCUGAUGUGUCACGGAAAUAUCUAUAUCUAGUAAUUCAGUUAGGACUUAAUUAGAUAUUCUUGUAGGAAUUGGAUAUGUUGACCUGUCGAAAUUCCAUCCUGCAAUUUAACUAAAAACAUCAACUGAGUCAUGGCCGUACGAAAUCUGAUGCUAAAUUCAGCCCAAUCCUAGCGGAUUGCGGGGCGAGGGUUCUGGCACCCAAUCCCCUGCCCUGAAGCGCCAAAAGCCCAAAACCCUUCUCUCCCUCUUUCUCUCCUCUCUUUCCCGUCGCCACCACCACCUCGGGUGUUUCUCUGCGAACAAAACACGAACGCCGUCGCCAUAUAAAGAAGUAAAUGAUGCCUGGCCUCGAUGCCGAGAGGAACCCUAGAAUUCUUCGCCCGGCUGCGAAGGACCUCCCGCUUCCCCUCCCCUAUCGACUGCAACAUCCGCCUCCACCGCCUCGUCCGCGCCGCCCUCGGCGACCUCGCCCUCAAGAUCCUCGCCGACCUCACCUCCCGCGGCUUCCGCCCCCAUACCUCCUCCAUCAACGCCGCCGUCUCCCUCCUCUCCAAGCUCGGCAGCCCCCGCUCCGCCGAGCGCCUCGCUGCCGCCGCCUUCUCGGCCCUCGGCUGCCCGCCCGACAUCUUCACCUUCAACUCCAUCAUCGACGGCUACUGCCGCGCCGGCGAUCUCCACCACUCCGCCCGCAUCAUGAACGGGAUGGCGUCUGCUGCCCCCCGCCCCGACAUCGUCACGUACAACGCCAUAAUUAGCUCUUUCGGCAAGCAUCGGAUGCCCCGAUUGGCUCUCGGUUAUCUGGGCUCAUUGUGGAAGCGCCACUCGCCGAAUGUGGUCACUUAUAGCAUACUCGUCGACAUGUUCUGCAAGCGGGGGGAAUUGGAAAUGGGGCGGGCGGCGUUGAACGAUAUGGAAGUCUCGGGGAUUUCGCCAAAUUUGGUGACUUUCACCUGUUUGAUCGAUGGGUAUUGCAAGAAUGAUCGGUUGGAUGCGGCAUUGGAGUUGUAUGAUCGAAUGUCAGAGCUCUCGUUGUUGCCAAAUGUGUUUACUCACAAUGCGCUCAUCGAUGGUCUCUGCAAGGUGGGCUUGUUGGAGCGAGCUGAGCAAGUGUUCGAUGGGAUGCAUAAAUUUGGGGUGGAGGCCAAUGCGGUGGUCUAUACUUCGUUGAUAGAUGGGUACUUCAAGAAAGGGGAUUUGGAUGCAGCAAUGAGGUAUUUGAGUAGAAUGCGUGAGAAUGGAGUCAGGCUUGAUGUGAAGGGUUAUGGAGUGGUUAUAUGGGGACUUUGUAGUAAUGGCCGGUUGGGUCAAGCUUUAGAGAUGAGGAAAGAGAUGGAGGGUAGGGGUUUAGUUCUGGAUAAGUUUAUCUUGACCACUCUAAUGCAUGCUCAUUUCAAAGCCGGGGAUUUGAAGAAGGGGUUGGAAUUGCAUGAAGACAUGUUGAGGAAAGGCUUUGAGUCUGAUGUGGUUACCAUUUCGGCGGUGAUGGAUGGGCUUUGCAAGCAUGGGCUUGUGAAGGAGGCAAAGAAGUAUUUUGCAAAGGCUAAAGAAGCUAAUGAGGUUUUGUAUACUGUGCUUAUUGAUGGGCUGUGCAAAAAAGGGGAAAUGAAUGAUGCCAAGAAAGUCUUUGUUGAAAUGUCAGAAGCUGGUUUAGCUCCAGACAAAUUCAGUUGCACGUCACAGAUUGCUGCGCUCUGCAGAGAAGGGCAUACAGUGGAAGCACUUAGGCUAAAGAAUUUGAUGCUUCAAAAGUGUAUAGAACCCGACCUGCUUACUUUUAGCUCACUUAUCUGGGGUUUGGCAUCUAAAGGGCUUAUGAUUGAAGCAAGGCAGGUUUUUGAUGAUAUGGUGCAAAGGGGCAUUACUCCGGACUUGGUGGUGUAUGAUAUUUUGAUUAGAGGCUACCUCAAGAGGAACGAUAUGGUUGCAAUUUCUAGCUUGGAAGAAGAUAUGAAGAAAAGGGGGCUAAUCAAGGAAGAGCUGCCACUGUUUAUGGAGAAUGUCUACAUCAGAUGGCCUCAGGUGGUGCUUGUUAAAGCAAAUGUGCUCUCUGAAUUUGGAACCUUAGUCUCUACAGCUGCUGGAAAAUGUUCCCCUCUGGGUUACCAAUGCUACCAAUGCUCAUAUAGUCUCCCCGCUUUUGGGUGCAAUGACAUUUCAGGUUACCGCAUCAAUGUUUCAGGUCUCUGUAGAAGCAAAAAGAGAGCCUUGUCCAUGUUCCAUGCAAGACGAGCCUUCAUCCUCCCACCCUCCUCUUCCUCUCCCUCCUUCUCCACCCAACGCGACAUCCUCUUAGCCGCCUCCCUCUCCAACACUUUCUCCCGCUCCUCGGGCCCCGCUGCCCUCGACCCCUCCUCCCUCCCAUCCCCACUCCCGGACUCCGCCGUCCUCCACCUCCUCCGCCACCCCUCCCUUCCCCCCGCCGCCAAGCUCGCCUUCUUCCAAUGGGCCGCCUCCUCUCUCCCCUCUUUCUCCCCCUCCCCCGCUGUCUUCUCCGCCCUCCUCCGCUCCCUCCUCCGCUCCCCGGGCCCCCACCUCGACCAUCUCCGCCCCAUCCUCCGCCUCGCCUCCUCCUCCCCCGCUGGCGCCGCCGCCCUCGACCCCCACACCUUCCGUUCCCUCCUCGACGCCCUCCUCCGCGCCGGCCGCUUCGACUCCGCCAUCGCCGCCCUCGACGACGCCGAGGAGCUCGCCGGCCCUGCCUUCCUUACGCCCUCCACCUACGGCUCCAUCAUCCGCGCCCUCCUCCAAAAAUCCCAGCUUGGCCUCGCCCUCUCCAUGUUCCGCAAGCUCCUCGCGGAGGACUCCUUCGGCCCCGACGUCCUCUCCUGCAACGAACUGCUUGUUGCCUUGAGGAAGGCCGACAUGAGGGAUGAGUUCCGAUGGGUGUUCGACGAAUUGUCCCAAAGGAAUUUCCUUUUUGACACCUGGAGCUAUAACAUCUGCAUCCAUGCCUAUGGGACCUGGGGCCAGCUGGAUCUUGCUCUCGGACUCUUCAAGGAGAUGAAAUCAAAAGGCCCACGAGCAGCCCCCGAUCUCUGUACCUAUAACUCGCUGAUCCUUGCACUCUGUCUGGCGGGGAAGGUGCAUGAUGCAUUGGCUGCCUACGAGGAGAUGAAGGGGUCUGGGCAUGAGCCCGAUCGGUACACAUACCAGACUCUGAUCCAGGGGUGCUGCAAAGCCUACCGUGUCGACGAAGCCAUUAGAGUUUUCAGAGAGAUGGAGUAUAACAAUGUUCGGGCCGAGACAGUAGUCUACAACACUCUUCUUGAUGGGCUUCUAAAGGUUCGGAAGCUCGCCGAUGCUUGCCGGCUCUUUGAGAAGAUGGUCUCAGAUGGUGUCCGGGCCUCAUGCUACUCUUACAACAUCUUGAUUGAUGGAUUAUUUAAGAAUGGGCGGCCUGCUGCAGGCUUCGCACUCUUUAGUGAGUUGAAGAAGAAAGGGCAGUUUGUCGAUGCCGUCACGUAUGGCAUCGUCAUUUCGCAUUUGUGCCGGGAGAACCGGGUGGUGGAGGCACUUGAACUGGUGAAGGAGAUGGAGGAAAGAGGAUUGGUUGUGGAUUUGGCCACAAUAACGUCUCUGUUGAUUGGAUUGCAUAGGAAUGGGAAAUGGGAUUCAGCAGAACAGCUUAUGAGGUAUUUGAGGGAUAAUGCUCUGUUGCCGAGCAUCCUUAGGUGGAAAGCAAACAUGGAAGCAUCGAUGAGAGGUCCUCAAGACAGGUGGACGGACUAUGCACCUAUGUUUCCAUCUGUUGGGAAAUUAAGUGAUAUCAUGAGUUGGAUUAAUCCAACAGAAGAGAAGGAUACCCAUGACACUAGUUCCGAUAGCGAAUCGAAAGACAAGUGGUCUUCCUCACCAUACCUGGACCGUCUGGCUGACAAGUUUGAGUCCUUCUCUGGUAAUUCUCCCAUGUUCAGAGUAAGUAGAGGGCAGAGGGUGCAGGAGAAGGGGAUUAAGUCUUUUGACAUAGAUAUGGUCAAUACAUACUUGUCAAUUUUUCUAGCCAAGGGAAAGCUGAGCAUGGCUUGCAAAUUGUUUGAGAUCUUCAAUUCGUUGGGAAGGGAGCCUGUGAGCUAUACCUAUAAUUCAUUGAUGAGUUCAUUUGUCAAGAAGGGUUAUUUGAAAGAGGCAUGGGGGAUUCUUCAGGAGAUGGGAGCUAAGCUAUGUCCUGCUGACAUUGCAACCUAUAAUGUAAUUAUUCAAGGAUUGGGGAAGAUGGGGAAGGCAGAAGUUGCAAGCUCGGUUCUUGAUCAAUUGUUGAAGAUGGGAGGAUAUCUUGACAUCGUUAUGUAUAACACUUUGAUUAAUGCAUUGGGGAAGGCAGGAAGGAUUAGUGAAGCAAAUGAGUUGUUCAAGCAGAUGGUUGGGAGUGGCAUCAAUCCAGAUGUCAUUACUUUCAAUACACUCAUUGAGGUGCAUGCCAAGGCAGGAAGGGUGAAAGAGGCUUACAAGUUUUUGAGGAGAAUGUUGGCCGCAGGCUGCUCUCCUAACCAUGUAACGGACACAAUUCUAGAUUUCCUUGAGAAGGAGAUUGAGAGAUUGAGGUACGAAAAGGCAUCGAUGAAACAUGAUGCUGAGGAACUUGAUGUGGAUCCUUUAGUGUGAUGAAAGCAAAAAACCUCACAUUCCUCUCGGAUUGAAGUCAUGUUGACUGGAAAUUAGAUAUCUUCAUCUGGAGUGGUUUAAGUUCACAUGUUUUCUGGAAGACAGACAUCCAAGGCAGGCGAAUUGCUGGCAUUCUCUGAUGGACUGGUUAAAGGACUCCAGCAUAAUUGAUUUAAUAUGGCAAACCACAGUAUCAAGGCCCUAAAAACCUUCAUUGCUGAUGAGACCACAAUGUUUGGAUUUCGGUGGAGUCAGUUGCAUGCACAAAUCCGCCAUAAGAUAGCAAGAGCUUUGGUAGCAAUCCGAAAAAUAAGAGAAGCUUUCUAUGGUUGAUGUUGAUAAGUUAUUUGCAAGCAUUACCUUCAUCACAUAAAGGCAGUCUGAAGUAUUAUAGUCUCUACAUCAAUUUGUCUUAGAGAGUAUGAUAUUUGAGAGAUGUAGGCCUCUUCAAUUCAUUGAUUCUGUCUGUAUAUUUUAUGCUUCUUAAUAACUAAAAGGAGAACUAAGACCUGCUAAGAUGGGAAAGGAUGUAGAUCCCUCAUAAUUUUCCUCCAGAUCUUUCAAAGUACUUCCCCAAAAGCUGUAGUUAAAUUUUAUGCUCAUUUCAUAUUAUGCUCAAUCGCAUUCCUUGAGAGUAUUCAACCUCUCUCUCAUCUUUGUAUAGAAAACCACUCUUGCUUCUGAUGGUUCUUCCUUAUAAUUUUGUUCUAACGAAUUUCUUUUUCCUUUUUGUGGGAGAUAAUUGUUGUUUUUUCUGGCAGUUUAUUUGUCGAACGCGUAGCCUUGUUUGUCAAGGUUAGUCAUAUGGAGUUCGCCGUAGCCGCUGAUGCACUGUCUCAUGCUGAGAAACUGAACAGCCAUGGUCAUCGAGUGAAGAAAUCAGAGAACUCAUUUUUGGAAAAAAAUGAGCUAAUUUUUAGUUGACAAGAGCAAAGAUAUGGAAUGAUCUGGAUAUAACUACAGUUGGAACUGAACCAUCAUCUUCUGUAGUUGGUUUAAUGGUUCCUAGUGGAGGAUUAAUACUUUCACUUGAUAGGUCAUACGAGAAUUUUAUCAGGAUUGAAUUUUACUUGUUAAGAUGACCUUAUUGGAUCCAUAUGGAUCAGUCAUACUUUGCUAGUCUUGUACAUGACUCAUUCAGUCAAUCA